GGUCUUCAGCCUGUGCUGCCAUGGGGUGCACAUGAAGCUGGAGGUCAGCCCCCUGGAGCUGUCCUUUGACAAGCUGCUUCUGCACAGGACCGACAGCAGGACCUUGGUCCUGAGAAACUACACCCUGCUGCCCAUGGCCUGGCAGCUCAGUGGGCUGGAUGACCUUGUUGAGGACUUCUCCUUGUCACAAGAUAACGGCACCAUUGCUCCCCGCUCUGAGUUUGAAGUGACGGUGCAUUUCAAGGCCAGGCAGAUUGGCAGCAUGAAGAAGACCCUCCGACUAGAGGUUUCAGAUCCAGAAAACAUCGUGGGGGUUGUUCAGGCUGAAAACAUCAAAAUCUCUGCAGAGGUCUAUGACGUUUCUCUGAGCAUCGACAUGCCCAAAGGUCCAGAUGGAAGCUUGGAAUUUGGAACCAUUCAUGUCCUGGAUAACGUGAAGAAAGUCCUGACUCUAAAGAACAAAGGGCUAUACAACAUUGAGUACAGUUUCACGCUGAAGGGUGCAGGUCCCAGGAUGCAAAAUGUGGCAUCCCACUUCACUGUUGAGCCUCAGUCGGGCCUGCUGACUGCCUCCCAGCGUGGUGUGAAUGUUGAGAUGCUCUUCCACCCCAAAAGUGAAAUCCUCCUCAAGAACAAGCCCAUCCUGUACUGCCAGGUGAUAGAUGCCAGCUCAGGUGGAGGAGGCCAGGCUGUCGCCAACAUCCCAGUGAGGGUGUCAGCAAAAGCUGAGUACAGCAAGUACAGCAUUGAGCCUGCCUCGCCCAUCGACUUCGGAGCCAUGAUCAAGGGCACCAAGGAGACCCAGACUGUCGUGCUGGAGAACAAAGGCAUGCUCGGCUUCAAAUUCCGCAUCCGCCGAGCACCCAAGGAGGCAUCCGCAUUGGAAAGCAAAAGCUCUGUGAAAAUCAAACCCCAAACCCUGACCUUCACCAUCAGCGGGAAGGGGCACGAGCCGCAGCUGACAGUCGUGCGCCCGAGCGCUCGCAGCAGGAGGGGAAACGCCGUGCUGCGCUUCAAGCGGCUCCAGCUGGGGGAUUCAGAGACGCUGCCCCUGGUCAUCCGUAACGAUGGCAUCAUACCUGCCAAGUUUAUGCUACUCCUGGAGGAUGAGCAUGCAGCAUUCUUCUUGAAAGGCAGGGCCUCCGCACUCCGGAUAUUCCACGCUGGAGAUGCGGAAGAGGGCUCUGUUGGAAACGAGAGCAAGCCCCCAAAGAAGCCUUUCUUCCUUCUGCCUUGUGGGCAAUCAGCAGAGUUUGGUGUCAUUUUCAAACCCACCCUGGCUCAACAUCUGGAAGGGAAGAUCCAUGUGUUAGUGGGGGACACCUGGUCUGUCAAGACCCUCAUAGAGCUGGUGGGUGAAGGCCACAAGGACGAAUUCACCCUCACUGGACUAGAGGAAGACACACAGGAGAGAAAUGCCAAGAUCAGUGUGAAGGAAGACGUCAUUGAUGGUAAGAGAGGAGAGGCUGCCAAGGUGGAGCAAGGAAGAGGAAAAUGGCUGAUCAUGCGUGUCCUCCCUCUAGCCAGGCCUGGGCUGUCACCCACGGGACUUGGUGGCCUGUGGGCGUGGUAG